AUGGGCCCCAUCGAACCAACCCCCAUCGCGGGCCAUGAUCUGGGUACUUUUAGCGAAGUGGUUGCCCCAUCUCAGGAGCUAUCGUAUACGAUCGCCAACAAUGCUAGGGCAUCGAUCCUACACAUGCCGUGCAAGAACCAGGUUGCCACGACCGGCAACUUUGCCUCCCCGCUGUCACCACACGAGACCGCAGCUGGUCCUGUCUUCCGAUGCAAUAUCUAUCAUCUGGUGGAUCUGGAACUGGGCGAAGAGAUUGGGUUGUUCCCGGUCAAAAUGAGGACGAUAGACAACCCUCCUGCCUAUGAGGGAGAUCCUACCCUCGGACUCGCCGAUGUCGAAAGAGAUAGGCUAGUGUCCGAGAAGCUGGAGCCAUUGACGAUCGCAAAAAUCAUCCAAUCCAAUAAUUCGGGCCCCUUCGAGUUGACGUUUGACAUUAUGUUCGAUAGCAAGGAGGCCUAUGAGAGAGUCAAAAAUGCCAAUGUCUUCACCAACCAGCGCCAUGGAAAUGCACGAUUUGCCGACCGUGCAACAGGGGACCGUGGGAGUGCGAGAUACCCUGGGAACGCAGCAACAUGGCCCCUCUUGACUAUUACGGUACCCAGCACAAGCGACAUUCCUUCUACCAAAGGCCUCUUGUUCAACAAAUCGCCCCCUUUUCAGGACCGCUCCACCUUCUCGGCGAAGGAUAGCGUGGAAUACAUGUGGAGGACACUCGGUCUGCCUUUGAAGACCCUGGAACACCUUCAUCUUCCUGGUAAUAGUCUCGGCCUGCCCUCCUCGUUCAAAAUCGCCCACCUAGCUCAAGCGUCUGUCGGUCUCCCUGCCCUACUAGCCUCGCAGAUAUAUGCGCAUCGCAAUCACUCCACCUCUGUCCCCGACGUCGCCGUCCCCUUGCAGCAUGCCACCAUUGAAGUCAACCACCGCGACGGUGCAAAGGCUCUGUUGGGUUGUCCGGCGAAUUCGACCCGGGAGCAACUGGGUACCCAGAUUGCUGACUGGCACUCCGUUGACCUAGGAACCGCUACCUUUGAUUCAAAACUAGUCAUUUCGGCCCUGCGUAGCUAUUCACAGUGGGACAUGCUUCCCCAGGCUCGCGCGAUUGCCAACUUCCCUAUCCUCCUGCGCAAAUUAAGCGACGGACCCGCUGGCCUACCGCCGAACAUGCAAUCAACCAAUGCCGACAAAUGCCUCCCUGGGCUGCGCGUUCCGGAGCUCUCGCGUGUGAUUGCCGCGCCUCUGUCGGGCAAGACGCUGGCAAGCUCACGGCGCCGUUGUUCUGUGGGUCACUAG